AUGUUGAGCCCUACUUUUGUUCUGUGGGAUGUUGGAUAUCCCUUGUAUACCUACGGCUCCAUCUUCAUCCUUAUCCUACUUCUCUGGCAAGUGAAAAGGAGUCAACAUGGACUGACAUUGAAAUCUAAAAGGAGCUGCUGCCAGCGUCACCGAAAAGUCAGGCAGAGGGCCAGAGAUGCAGCAUCAAGAGCUAGGAGACUUUCCCAGGAAGAAGCUGAGAAGCCGUGGGAGCUGAUCUCAGUCAUGAAAAGCCAGGGCUGGCUUCCCGAGGAGGAGGGUGUGCGGCGGCUCCUGUGCACGGAUCGCUCCUGCCAUGUCUGCAAUUCCGCGGCUCUGGAGAUUCUCCAGCUGCUGGAGGGUGAGCACGUCCAGGUCUCCCCCUCUCCACCAAGGCCACCUCAGGACUCCUCUUGUCUGGAGAUCGUGUCCACAUCCAGUGUGUCCUUGGGACACAGUCUGGAGCGUCACACGGAGCACUCUGGAGAGCUUUCACUGGGACCUGUAAUCCCAGCAGUGGUACAAGUCACAGAGUCAGAAUUCUUAACCCAGUCGGCGGUCCGAUCAGCAAGUGCAGUCAGCAUCCGAGAAUACUGGGCUGACUUUGACUACCUCCAGCUAGAGCAGGAAUGUCAAGUGCCAGCGAUGAUCUUGGCUUCAGAGGCCAUGGCCUCUUCGGGGCUUGAGGAGCCCAGCGUGCCAGAGCAGCUGCAAGAGACGACGGGGCACUUCUCCAACCUUGUCCUGAUCAUGGAAGCAUGGGUGGAGAUGAAGGAGCAUGCCAAAGAUCAAAGCAGCUUGGAAUGUUGA